AUCACAACGGUGGGACAAGCCGUGAGUAGAGCCCGUGCAAUGAUGCGCCAGUCCACAACCAGAGGACUCUAUUCUCGUUUGAACAGUAGAGAACGACUUCGAGCUUCGUCGUCCAGUAACUCUGCUCCUGUAAAGUCGAAGAGAGCGAAAGUUGAAAGUAAUAAGGUAUUUGAAUUUGUGUUGUUGAGGCUGGAUGAUGAAGAUGAUGAAGAGCUGAACUCAGAUAGUGUUCACUCUGAUAGUUGGAUGUUGACAGAUGAAAGUACUGUGUUAAGAGGAUUUGUGACGCUUAGUUCGGAAGACAAUGAAGAAGCCAUUAGAAAGGCAUUGUCUGAUGCCAUACAGAUGAAAUAUCCAGCCGUAGCAAGUAAUGACCUCGUGUUCCUAAAAGCAAACAGGAGAAGAAUAACACAACCAGUGAAUUGCCGCGAGUACUCGUUCAAACAGGUAAAAUCACUGGCCGGUCAAGGGGCUACCUCAGACUGAAACAUGGCUUUGGCUUUCUUCUAGACAAUCAAGGCUCAGAUAAUAGUAGCUUAAAAGAUAAUGACGUCAGUAACCACACAGAGAGAAAAAUGCCCAUAUCCUUUUUGCAACCACCACAACGCCCACAGGAAGGCAGCAUCCACACUCAGAGUAGCCCGUUAUCCAUCCCACAAGGUUCACAGGCGAGCAGCAACCACACACAAAGUAGACCUGUAUCCACCCUGCAACCAACGGAGGGACCACAGGCAGAUCUUAGUGAUCAGUCAUUUCUGAUCACUGGACAGAGCAAUGAAAACCUGAAUGCAAUCACUGUUGUUAGCUUUGCCAAUCUGGAAGCAGCUGUUGCAGAGUGCAUUAGCAUCUGUAAGAAAGACAAUGUUUGUAAUCCUGUGGAGAUGCUAAGGUGUGCCCAAAAGCUUAUUGCGCAGGGUCGUCCCUUGGAUGUAAACUCACCUGACCAGCCACUCGAUGGUGAAACUAACUUUGUCAGUAUAGACCGAUUUAAUAUUUUGGAAUCAGCUAUGGAAGAAUUCAAAGAUCUUCAAAACCCAAGACUCACAUUGGAAGUUUCAUUCUAUGGAGAACAGGCCCAUGAUGCUGGGGGUCCAAGGAAAGAAUUUUUUUGGUUUUGUCUUAAAGAAAUACAGCAAAAGCUCUUUGAAAAUGGACUGCGCGAACUCAUGGCUGAGGAAUAUGAGUUUGCUGGAACUAUUAUGGCCUUGAGUAUUCUUCAGAAUGGACCCACCCCACGGUUUAUUCCUGAAGAAAUUUUACAGGAGAUUUUUUCAAAGGAUCCUGCAAGGCCAUGCAUUGCAGAGCUUCGGAAAGGAUUCAUGAAACUUGGUCUAUAUGAAGUUGCAACGAGUCUACCAGUCUUUCUUUAUCUGCUGCGCGCAAAUGAAUCAAAUCAACUCUCCAGACGACAGCUCAUCCUACUCCUCCGGCCAUCAUUCUCUGAGGAAGGCACAAAUGUACGCAAGUAUAAAAAUGAUGCCUACGCUGCAUUCUCAAAGUAUGUGCGAGAAGCUGCAAGUGGAAGAAGGGGUAGAAUCACUCUUGGGAGCAUUCUACAAUUUGCAACUGGGAUGGAUGAAGAACCGCCCCUUGGCUUUGAACUACAACCUAGUAUUCAAUUUGUUGCUGCUAAUGAAGGGAUCAAGUGGUCUUUCAUUCCAAAAGCUAACACUUGUAGCAAAACAAUGUUUUUACCAAGGGGCUCCAACAGUCGUUCUUUACCAACUGAGAAGGAACUCUUUGAAGUUUAUGAUAUUGCCUUUACAAAUACCUUCUUUGGACUUUCAUAA